GAAAGUUAGUGUGUAGGCGCCGCUAGGGAGGCGCUUCCCGGGAGCGGCGGGAGCAGCGGGCAGAAUCCAGGUGUCUUCCAUGUGGGACUGCUCACUGACUUCCAGCAGUGCUUCAGACAGUGAGAUGUCCGGCAGCUGUAGAGUGAAGCCCUUAGAACUGAAUAUUCUGGUGAAGUGGUGAAGCUCCAGAUCCCGAUGCUUUUGGUGUCUUCUCUGUUUUCUGUUGGUGUCUCUGGGGAAGAUACUGAAGAAGAUGCAGGCAUGCUGAAAACUUCAGAAAAGUGAGCCAUGAGUCUUUUUGAAAGCUGAAAAGAGGACCCCUGAUAGGGUCAUGAACCUAAGACAAGUCUUUGUGUCUGUACUGCUGUUUGGAGUAGCUGGUCUACUCCUCUUCAUGUAUCUACAAGCUUGGAUUGAAGAACAACAUACAGAGUCUGGAAAAAAGCUGCAGCAACAGACAAUUAAUCAGGAUUUCACACUCCAACCUCCGGGGAUGCCAAGGGAAGCAUUAUGGAGCAGAAGCGCUCCCGUGAGCCUCAGUAAACAUGAGAUGGCUGUCUCAAGCAGCAAGCACUGGCAGGGCAAGGCUGACCCUUUCAGUGUGGUAGCUGCCUCCUUGGUGAGCCAACUGCCUGACCAGCAGAAGACAAGCGAGUCACCUCUCAGCUGGUUCAGAGGAGUGUAUUUACCCCCUGCACUGCACCCAUUAAACAAGACGUUAGUCAAGGGUAACAAGUGGAAGGAUGUAGAUAGCACCCAGGAAAAGCGCAGGUCAUUCCUGCAUGACUUCUGUAAGAAGUACAACAGCAGAAAGAAGCUGCAAACCCACCUGGUACACCUGGUGUCAAGAAUUUACGUGGAGGACAGGCACAAGGUCCUGUACUGUGAAGUGCCAAAAGCAGGCUGUUCCAAUUGGAAAAGGGUCCUCAUGGUGCUCAGUGGACUUGCCACUUCAGCGCACAACAUUUCCCAUGAUGAUGUACACUAUGGAAAGCACCUAAGAAAACUGGACAGUUAUGACCUAAAAGGGAUAUACACACGCUUGAACAUGUACACCAAGUUUAUAUUUGUACGUGAUCCUCUGGAAAGACUGGUAUCUGCCUUCAGGGAUAAGUUUGAACAUCCAAACAGCUAUUACCAUCCAGUAUUUGGGAAGGCAAUAAUUAAGAAGUAUAGACAUAACGCAGAUGAAGAGGCUUUGAAAACAGGAUCAGGAGUUCAGUUCAAGGAGUUUAUCCAAUAUUUGUUAGAUUCCCAUCGACCAGUAGGAAUGGACAUUCAUUGGGAGCAAGUCAGUAAGCUCUGCUACCCCUGCCUCAUCAACUAUGAUUUUAUAGGAAAGUUUGAAACCCUGGAAGAAGACGCCAAUUACUUUUUGCAGCUGGUAGGUGCUCCAGCCUAUCUGAAGUUCCCUAAAUUCAAAGACAGACAUUCCUCUGAUGAGAGAACAAGUGCAGAAGUAGUGAGGCAAUACUUAAAGGAAUUGUCUAAGGAGGAGAGACAGCUGACCUAUGACUUCUAUUACCUUGAUUACUUAAUGUUCAAUUACACAUCACCAAGUGUAUAGCACCAGAAUAGCUUCAGGCUUCUAUUAGAUAUUUAUCGUUUUGGGAUUCAAAGCAGCUACUUUGAUAUCAGCCCUGAAAGGAAACAAAGUUACUGCUAAAUGGAGUUGACUUAGUGGGGAUUUUAUAAGCUAGAGUGAUAUCAAUUGGCAUUAAAUUAUAAGAACGCACAGAAAAGAAGACCUGUUAACAGCAUAAAUUGCACUAAAAUGCCUGAAAAAGCUGCUUUUAUGAUUGUGGAUUACACUAUGGUAGCUCAACCAGCUGUUGCAUUAUCUUACCUAAUGUUCUUUUAAUGUUUUAAGAAGAAAACAUUCAGAGUAGCGUGAUUCUUUUUUGGUGUGUCUGCUUUAGAAAUUGUUUUUGAAACAACUUUUGAAUGUAUUUUUACUUUCUGUCAGUUAUUAAUAAAGAAGCAUUGGCUAAUUUUCUAAAAUAUUUCCAGCAUCCUCAGUUACAAGGCUUCGUUGUUUGAUUACCAUUAAACUGUAGCCAUUUUUAGGCCUGAUUUUUUUUUAAUUGAAGGAUGCACUUGAAUACAAAUGCAUCAAGCUACAAAUAACACAGCAGCUCAGUUGAUGAGUAGAGUAAAAUUGGGUAAGCCUGUGAAGUGCCAGUCCACUACCCCAUUUUGAUUGAUGCACUGGAGCUGACAAAUAGGAGAGAGAGCGCAUAUUUUCUCUACUUUCAGAGAGCUGCUGCAUUCAUUAAAAUUAAGAUUUUAACUUACAGAGGGUACAUCAUUACAUAUGAUGCAUGGAUACUGUGGUCCCAAUACUCAAUGUAGUCUUCAUUUUUGGUGAUAGGGCAAAGUUUUAGUGUGGCAGCUACGAAACAGUCUAAGGUCUGUACUGAGAAGCAACCUCAGUGCAACUGCUGUGACCAUUCUUGGUCUGCCAGGGUCCAAUCAUCAGCCCACCUUCCAGGAAUUUUUAACACAGAAGGUGCAUAUGCCCAUUGCCUCUCAAGCCCAUAAACUGGUGCUGCCUCCAGAGCUUCCUGAAGUCACCUGUGUCUUGCUGUCCUGCCUGCCUUGUCAGCAACCAGCAAACCCCAGGAGUGGGGUGGAUGCUUCAGUUAUAUGGGGU